CGCUGUACUUAGUAAAAGAGUUGCGCACGCGAUACUUUCGUGGAAAUGCCGCGCGCUUCGUGUUUUUGAUUUUUAUGUGGCAUUAGCAAUACAAAUAACUAUAAGAAAAAAUAUUUACUUGAAUCGAUAUGUACAUUUUGUCUGCAUUUUUAGCCGGCGUGGCGAUUUUGCCACUGGUUCUACACGUACUAUGCCCUUACUUUUGGGAAGACUUCUUCUACCUGAUAAAUAUGGUAUGGAUAUUGUUCAGGUUCGCAAGGCGCAGGAAGAGGAAACCACUGUUUUUCGUUUUGGACAGAUUCCUUGAGCAGGCCGCGAAGUAUCCCACUAGACCUUUCAUCGUGUUUGAAGAAAAGUCAUUCACUUAUCAGGAUACGGACAAAAGGAGCAACCAAAUUGCUCGAGCUUUACAGAAGCACAUCGGUUUUAAAGAGGGGGACACCGUGGCACUCUAUAUGGAAAACAAACCAUCUUUUAUUUUUACCUGGCUAGCGUUGGCCAAACUGGGUUGCCCAGUGGCCUUACUUAAUUACAAUAUCAGGUCCAAAUCAUUGCUGCACUGCUUCAGUUGUUGCGGGGCAACAUUGCUCAUAGCAGCUGCAGAGUUGAAGGAUGCAGUGGAGGACGUGUUGCCUUCUCUGCGAACACAAGGUGUGUCUGUGUUCAUCAUGGCGAAGCAGUGUAACUCCCCCGGCAUGGAGAGCCUCACAGACAAAGCUGCGGAGGCCUCGGAUGAACCUCUGUCUGCAUCCUUGAGAGAACAUGUGACCUUCAGAAGUCCCGCCGUGUACAUCUACACAUCUGGGACGACAGGCCUACCCAAAGCUGCCGUGAUUAGUCAAGACCGCCUCCUGGCUGCCAUGGCAGCACUGGCAUCCAAUGGGGUCAUUUCAGGUGACGUGAUCUACCUAAACCUGCCCCUGUACCAUGCUGCUGGCUUUGUCAUUGCCUUCAUAGGCUCCAUUGAAACGGGCUCAACCAUAGUUUUACGGCAAAGAUUCUCAGCCUCCCAGUUCUGGGAAGACUGCAGGAAACACAACGUGACCGUGAUCCAGUACAUAGGAGAGGUCCUUCGCUACCUCUGCAACACACCAAAGAAAGACAAUGACCAGGAGCACAGUGUGAGGCUCGCCAUUGGCAAUGGUGUCCGAGCAGACGUCUGGAGAGAGUUCCUGAAUCGAUUCGGCAAUAUUCAAGUCCGAGAAUUUUAUGCUGCCACGGAGGGAAAUGUAGGCUUUGUAAACUACACCGGAAAGAUUGGUGCAGUGGGAAGGGCAAACUUUUUUCACAGGAAGCUGUUCCCCUAUGCCCUGAUUAAGUAUGACGCAGAGAGAGAGGAACCCAUGAGAGACUCCAGAGGACUGUGUAUUGAAGCUUCUAAAGGGGAGACAGGACUUUUGGUAUCGAGAAUCACCAAAAUCGCUCCAUUUGUUGGGUAUGCCAGAAAUGACCAGCAGACGGAGAAGAAGAGGCUCCGGGACGUCUUUCAGAAAGGAGACCUGUACUUCAACAGUGGGGACCUGCUGAGGAUCGAUCAGGACAAUUUCAUCUACUUUCAGGAUCGUGUUGGAGACACUUUCAGGUGGAAAGGAGAGAAUGUGGCCACCACUGAAGUUGCAGAUGUGCUCACUAUGAUGGACCACAUCCAAGAAGCAAACGUGUAUGGAGUUAAAGUCGAGGGCCAUGAGGGGAGGACAGGAAUGGCUGCCAUCACUUUGAAGGCAGGAGCAGAGUUUGAUCCCAGCUGCACUUUCAGCCACGUCGCCAGCUACCUUCCUGCUUACGCCCGGCCACGCUUCAUAAGGAUCCAGGAAUGUUUGGAGAUUACAGGGACGUUUAAACAGAAGAAAGUGAAGCUGGUGGAAGAGGGUUUCAGUCCAGCUUCAGUCUCUGAUCCACUCUACUACAUGGAUGAGAAAGGAAAGAGCUACAUACCAAUGACACAGGAGAUUUACAAUGCUAUAGUGUCAAGGAACAUUAAGUUGUAAAAUAAUGUAGCAUAGUUCUUUUCCCUGUACCUUAUUCUUGGUGACCUAUGGUUUGUGUUGAUAAGGAAUACAUAUUACAUUUUUGUUAAUGAGGUUGCAAACCAUUUUUAGAAUGAUUAACUCAUAGCAGUUUAUCUCAGGGAUGUUAGAAAUGUUUGUACUAACCAUUAUUUAUGUCAUAAAUAUAAUGUGUUAGGAUCUACACUGUAUUACUCAUUUAUCUAAUUGCCCAAAAUCAUGUCAAAUUUAAUCAGGGCUUGACGACGUCUAGAUCACAUCCAGUUACCCACAGGAACUGUCCCAGGACAAAGCCUCACCACAAUAACAAUGCAGAUCACACCAAAUCAUAUGCAGGAACUGUGGAUCACACCCAGUUGCGCACAAAGGACAAAGGGUCAUCAACAUGCAAUGCUUGUAGCCCACUGUCUCUGCCAGUCUGUCUGAACACAGUCAACAACUGUUGAGAUGUGACCUAAUCUCACCUAGGUGUUUCUGUGAGUGCUCAUCUGAGCCUAGGCAGCCUAGUUUGGGCGCUGUUUGCACACAUAACUUUGACUCCUGGGGAA